ACGACAGUUACAAUCAUUAUUCCUACCCAAUGGCAAAUGAACGAUGGAAUGACGAUAUCGCGUACGCGAUGACCCCCUUCAAACUGUUAAUGUGGCCUGUGGGUGGUUGGCCACUCCAAGUUUAUAACGUUUAUUCGCUUAUGCGAUGUCUUGCAGUUACUUGCAGCAUGAGCAUAAUAGUGAUCCUGCCGUUCAUCGAGAUCUACUUAGGCUGUACCGACGCGGUGCAAAAUGUUGACGCUCUCAUGACAAUGUUUUGUGGAUUGCUUUCCUUGACGAAAAUGAUAUGGUUCCGCAUUUAUGCGAACAACUUAAUCAAGAUUUACAAAUGUGCCGUGAACGAUUACUUGAAGAUUGAAAACACAGAGCAACGUGCCAUUAUGAUAAGGCACGCUUUUAUAGGAAGGACUCUCAUGUGCACCAUGAUAUCCAUCAUUGUCUUCGAGUGUUUUAUAUAUGCGUUGAUGCCUAUUCUAUAUCUUCUCAGAAAAAAUCAAAUCAACGAAACACAAGAAGAUGUUGAGUUAGAAUAUAUAAUACCAUCAAGAUGUGCUUUUGAAUAUUUGAAUAUAUCAAAGAACAUGUAUAUUGUAAACUACGUGAUGGAACUAAUCAUACUGUUAUUCACGGCUCCUUGCAAUUACGGUAACGACUCUCUGUUUCUACAUAUGGCGUUACACAUUUGCGGCCAGGUGAAAAUACUGAAGUCCAAAAUCAUCAAUUUGGACUUUGCAAGGCCACAAAUUCACAAUCGUUUCAACGCAAUAAUUCAUCGACAUAGUCACCUAAUGCAGUUGACCACAAUACUUGCCGAGGCGUCCAGUUUCAUAUUAUUGACGCAAUUCUUUCUUAGUAGCUUGCUGUUAUGUAUACUAGGUUUUCAAUUUAUUUUGGCAUUAAAAGAUAACGACAGUGUUAUGAUGAUAAAAAGUUUUUUGGCUCUUAACAGCUUUCUCGCACAAGUGACGACAUACUGUGUUAUCGGAGAUUAUUUAAAAUCACAAAUGGAAGAAGUGGGUGUCGUUAUUUAUCAAAGUACAUGGUACGAUCUUCCUACAAAGCUGACGAAAAAUUUGACUCUUCCAAUUAUGCGGUCUCAAUCUCCCGUCCAGCUACAAGCGGGAAAUUUCAUCGUAGUGAACCUCCAAACAUAUAUGAACAUUCUAAAGACCUCCAUCUCUUAUCUGUCAGUACUUCGAGUAAUGAUAGAAACAUAAGAAGUCACAUUUAUAGAAAACAAAUUGUACAA